CACGGUCCUCCGCGCGAGCGCCGCGCUCCUCCGGCAGGCUGCGCGUUCACACCGCUGACGGGUGGAAGUGGGAUUUAGAGUCCGAAUCGCGCAGGAGAGCAGCCGAUUCCGGCUGAGCGAGCUCCACGGUGCCGUCAGCACGUUCGGGUCCCGACCGGGUCGCGCUCACGGUCAAGCGGUUCUGCAGGAAUUCCGGGAGCCGGCAACUAGGGAGCGUCGGUCACUGUCGCUCUGGAUGGGAGCUCACGGUUUGGGUUUGGGGGAAAGUCCAGCAGGGACAUGUCCGGAGCAGACGUUGCGCACAAGGAGUGGCGCAGAGCCGGGAUUUACGGAAAAAGAAGAAAUCGAUGCAGAAACGGCCGUUUGCGAAGCUGCUGGAUGUGCUCUGGUCUGUGGGCGGCGAUGAGCGGCGGCGGCGGCGACGGCGCGAGAGCCUACAGUCCUCACAUCGGGGCUCGUCGCCUACACAGCUCACAGGAACCGAGUGGGGGUUUUGGUGCCGCUCGGCACAUUUCCACCAGACCCGCCGGAGCUCCGCCCGCAUCGUCCUCCCCGUCUCACGCACGUCUCUGGGUCCUGGUACAACGAGCCUCGUCGCACUUUGCAGCCCUUGGCGGGAAAAUACGGUGUUUGCGACGACAAGCUCAGUGUUGCCCCUGGAAUCGGCAAAAGGUCGCCGAUACGACCCCCCACCCGCCGGGACGAUUCUGCGAAACCCUUCUUUGCCGAGCCAUUCCGCGACUCACCGCGCGAACACGGUCUUCGUCGAGUCGCCGAUGGCCUGCGCUCGGGACGACGCACGCGAGCCGUAAACACCGUGGAAGUCUCCUGCAGAGCCGAGCGAGCAGGCGAGGUUCAGCAUGGGGAACUCCUCUAACAGCACCAUCCAUUCGUGCACCUCGCCCCACAAGAACCUGGUCUUCGUGGGGGUGUAUUCGCUGGUGUUCGCUCUCGGACUCAGUCUCAACCUCAUCGCCCUGCUGGUCUUCAUCCGCCGCACCAAGAUCCGCUCCCACACCAUGGUCUACAUGACCAACCUGGCUGUGGCCGACCUGCUGCUGGUCAGCACGCUGCCCGUCAGGGUCCACUACCACAUGGGCUUCUCUGGGCCCUCGCAGAACCUCUGCGAGAUACUGGGCCUCGUCCUGCUCGUCAACAUGUACGGCAGCAUCUUCCUGCUCACGUGCAUCAGCGUCGACCGCUGCAUGGCGGUCUGCUUCCCGAUGUCGUCGUUCGUCAAGGAGGGGCGCAAGAAGGCGCCGCUCAUAUGCCUGGGGGUGUGGAUGCUGACCGUGGGCGCCAGCCUGCCCAUCUACCUGGGCAAGAAACAGACGAGAAACGGCGGCGGCGACGGCGGCGGCGACGGCGGCGGCGGCAACGGCUCGGAAAGCAGCCAGUGUUUCGGCGCCACCCCAGUGUACGCCACCCAGGCGGUGGCCGUCGCCUCCACGCUCACCGUAGGCUUCGGGAUCCCCCUCGCCACCAUGCUGCUCUGCUCCUCGUUCCUGAUCCGGACCAUCAGCCGCAGCACCAUGGCGCAGAUGGGCCUCAUCGACAGCCGCAAGAUCCGCCGGAUGAUCGGCGCCAGCCUGCUCAUCUUCCUCGUGUGCUUCCUGCCGUACCACGCCACCCUGGUGCUGCUCUACGUGCACGCUCAGAGCAUGGACAUGUCCCUGUGCGACGCCUUCCAUUACAGCCUCAUGCUGGCCUGCCUCAACGCCAUGCUGGACCCCAUCGCCUACUACUUCACCACGGAAACCUUCCGCAAUAAGGUGGAAAUGGAGACGGUCCGCAGGAUGUGGCCUUCGCAAGGUCAGAACUCGGAGAAAAACCACCCGUCCCAAGCCCCGCUCAACACCUGAAGCGGGCCGCGCCCCGGAUUCCCCGACACCUCCGCGCGGGGUUCGAGCCGCUCGGGCGUUCCUACGACGAGGUUCAACAGGAAGUCCUUUUGCGGCUGUCCGGCGGCGCUCGGGUACGGGGGACGCAGCGCGACGCCUCCUUUCCCUUGCAUCAUAAAAAGUGUCACUCAGACUCUCUGGUGUCGCUCAGACAUCAGACAACAUCUGAAAGAAACGCUGAGAGAGAAGAGGGCAGAGUGUGUCAGUGUGUGUGUGAACGUGUGAGUGUGUGAUGCUCGGGGGCACGCGCAGUUGGAGUGUGUCCAUCAGCGUGUAGCAACCAGCACCUUUAACCCCCCAAGCGUUGCUCUUGUGCUCCGAAUGCCGGAGGAGCUGGUGUUCCGUCCACACGAAUGUACGUGUGUGUGUGUGUGUGUGUGUGUGUGUGUGUGUGUGUGUGUGUGUGUGUGUGUGUGUG